CCUAGGCGAUUACAUACGGCGACGCACGGCGAAGCAGCGCAGUAGCGUACGGAGCAGAGGGUGCGGAGCGAGCGCGGCGAGAGGAGUAAGAAUGGGCAGAUGAAGGGCGAUUGGUAGGCCCUUAUUGAUUAGCGGAAAGCCAUGCAAGUGCUCGUUUACAGCGCAAGACUGUAUAAGUCCGAGCAAAAGUCGGACUGGUGACGGGGAUCAUGCAGCCGCCAGGCUACGAUUCGGACAGCGAAGACGAGCUCCCUCCAGCAUGGGAGGAACGGGUCAGCCUCGAUGGCAGGGUCUUCUAUGUCAAUCACACGGAGAAGGUGACCCAGUGGAGGCACCCCCGGACAGGAAAGAAGAAAAACGUACCUCAGGAGCUUCCCUUUGGAUGGGAAAAGGUUGUUGAUCGUGAGGGCAAGGUGGUGUACGUGGACCACGAGAGCCGCACGACGAGCCUCACCGACCCGCGGCUGGCGUUCGCCGUGGAGGAGCAGGAGGGCGAGGAGGGCAUCCGGCAGCGGUUCGACGGCUCCAGCUCGGCGCUGCAGGUGCUGCACGGCCGGGACCUCAGCGGACGCGUGGCGCUGAUCACCGGCGCCAACUCAGGCAUAGGCUACGAGACGGCCCGGUCGCUGGCCUACCACGGCUGCCGCGUGAUUUUCGCCUGCCGCGACCUGGAGAAGGCGCGCGCCGCCGUCGACACCAUCAGAUCGGAGCGCGCCAACAGCGUGUGUGACGUCAUUCACCUGGACCUGGCCAGCCUGGCGAGCGUGCGCGAGUGUGCCGCCGAGUUCCACAGGCGCCACAGACAUCUGCACAUGCUGAUCCUGAACGCGGCGGUGUUCGCACCGCCGCACACGCUGACUGAAGACGGGCUCGAGUCGCAGUUCGGUGUGAACCACCUGGGCCACUUCUACCUGACCCUGCUGCUGGAGCCGGCGCUGGCGCGCACCCGCGGCGCCCGCGUGGUGGUGGUCUCCUCCGAGUCGCACAGUUCCAUAUUUGCCAUGUAA